AUGUCGGUGGCCCGUGGUGGUCAGUUUCACACUACCGAAGGGAAUGUGGCGGGGACAGACGUGACAGGACUUGGCAUUGGACGGGGCCAAGGGGAGGCCACAGGCUUCAGAUCCCUGCUGUUACAAAGAGGAAGGGUUCCCGGGAGGCUUGUGGACCCCUGGGAAUCCAAGCCUGGACCUGACUUUCCUUUACAGAUGUUAACUGAGGUCCAGCCUGUUCUAGGUUCCCGGGCGGGGUGGCAGGGGUUUUGCUUUCACGGUCUGGGAACACUGGUCUCAGCAGCGGUCCCCAGUCACGUCCAUUGCAGUGGGUCGUCUUCAAAGUCAGGGAAGGACAGGGGGCAUCGGGAGGCGGGGUCUUGUCACAGUGAAGGGCGUGGCGCCGGACCAGCACGCGCGCGCGCGCACACACACCGCGCCAACCCCAAGCGCCUGUGA